AUCAUUGAAGUCCGGCGCCUGAUCAGUUGAAGAUCGACGUUUAGCUGGUCAAGAUGUCCUCAAAUGCGCUUGCCUGCAUCUGCAAUGUGAUAAAUCCCUGUCGCAAUGAGGUCUCCAACACAUUUGUGGUGAUUCAGUGGCUCAUCACCGGCUUUGCAGCCCUUGCCCAAGUGGUUCGACCCGUGCUCCUGCUCUUUGGCAUUCGUGGUGAGGUGGCACUAAACCAGGAGGACUACAACAAGACAUGGAUUUAUAUGCCCAAUGGCCAGGGCAAGCCGGAGGUGGCCUAUCUGGUGGAACCUCCACCCGAAAACCGCAUUAAUUUACCACAGCUUAUUAAAUUUGAACUAUAUGGAAGUGACUCCAGUUCCAGUGCCGAUUUCUGGAUAGAUGAAGACAACUUUGAGUUUCCACAACGACACAAGCGAGACACUUGGCAGGAGAUGGCGGAAAAGUUCAAUCCGGACUUGGACACAAAGAUUCUUGUCCAUGGCUGGAAGUCCAGCACUAUGAGCAACUCCAUCCAAUCGAUUCGAGGAGCCUAUAUCGAACGUGGUCAGGUGAAUGUGUUCGCCAUCAACUGGAAGGAUCAGGCAGAUAAUAUCUACUACCUGACCCCGGCUCGAUAUACGGUGCAAGUGGGUAGGGCGGUAGCCAAGUUAAUAGAUCUCCUGGUGGAGGAAAAGGAUGCGGAUCCGAAUAGAAUUCAUCUAAUUGGCCAUUCGUUGGGUGCCCACAUUAUGGGUUAUGCGGGGUCAUAUACAAAAUACAGAGUUAACCGCAUCACCGGCUUGGACCCAGCUCGUCCUGCCUUCGAGGACUGCAUUGGUCCGGAGAAUCACCUAGACGAUACGGAUGCCAACUUUGUGGAUGUAAUUCAUAGUUGUGCAGGUUAUCUGGGAUUCCGCAAACCGAUUGGUAUGGUGGAUUUCUAUCCAAACGGCGGAGGACCACCGCAGCCUGGCUGCAAAGAGCUUUCCCAGAUCUUCACUGGUUGCAGUCAUGGACGCUCCUAUGAAUAUUACGCCGAAUCCAUUAACUCCCCAAAAGGUUUCUAUGGUAUUCCAUGCUCUGGAUUGGACGAACUUAAGGGAAAGAACUGUACAGGCGGCAAAAUUUUAAUGGGUGAUCCUGUUCCCCGAGAGGCGCGAGGCAUAUUCUUCGUAAAGACGGCUAACAAGCCAAGCUAUGCCUUGGGCAUCGAUGAUAUAUGGAGUAACUGACCGAUCCAUCUUUCAUAAAAUAUUCACUAUUAAAUAUUUCUU